GAUUACAACAAUUACAAAAUCACGGCAAUUACAAGAUUACAACAAUUACAAGAUUACAGCAAUUACAAGAUUACAGCAAUUACAAGAUUACAACAAUUACAUGAUUACAACAAUUACAAGAUUACAGCAAUUACAAGAUUACAGCAAUUACAAGAUUACAACAAUUACAAGAUUGCAGCAAUUACAAGAUUACAGCAAUUACAAGAUUACAACAAUUACAAGAUUACAGCAAUUACAAGGUUACAAGGAUUACAAGGAUUACAAGAUUACAAGAAUUACAAGAUUACAGCAAUUACAAGAUUACAACAAUUACAAGAUUGCAGCAAUUACAAGGUUACAAGGAUUACAAGAUUACAGCAAUUACAAGAUUACAAGGAUUACAAGAUUACAACAAUUACAAGAUUACAACAAUUACAAGAUUACAGCAAUUACAAGAUUACAGCAAUUACAAGAUUACAACAAUUACAAGAUUACAACAAUUACAAGAUUGCAGCAAUUACAAGGUUACAAGGAUUACAAGAUUACAGCAAUUACAAGAUUACAAGGAUUACAAGAUUACAACAAUUACAAGAUUACAACAAUUACAAGAUUACAGCAAUUACAAGAUUACAGCAAUUACAAGAUUACAACAAUUACAAGAUUACAACAAUUACAAGAUUACAACAAUUACAAGAUUACAGCAAUUACAAGGUUACAGCAAUUACAAGAUUACAAGGAUUACAAGAUUACAAGAAUUACAAGAUUACAAGAAUUACAAGAUUACAAGGAUUACAAGAUUACAACAAUUACAAGAUUACAGCAAUUACAAGAUUACAGCAAUUACAAGAUUACAACAAUUACAAGGUUACAACAAUUACAAGAUUACAGCAAUUACAAGGUUACAAGGAUUACAAGAUUACAACAAUUACAAGAUUACAAGGAUUACAAGAUUACAACAAUUACAAGAUUACAACAAUUACAAGAUUACAGCAAUUACAAGGUUACAAGGAUUACAAGAUUACAGCAAUUACAAGGUUACAAGGAUUACAAGAUUACAGCAAUUACAAGGAUUACAAGAUUACAACAAUUACAAGAUUACAAGGAUUACAAGAUUACAGCAAUUAG